AUGGUCCCUCCCAGACCCCCCCCAGGACCCCCCAAAUCCCCCCCGGACCCCCCUUUCCCCCCCCCGUACUCGCAGUGGUUCGCGCCCGCCCGGGGCCGCCUCAGGCCGCUCCUUUCCCGCCCUGCUUGCGCGCGCCGAGGCCACGCCCACCGCCGCAAGGCGCUGACCAAUCAGCGCCUUCUCAUUCCGGCCUUGCUCCCGCCCUGCCAAGGGCGGGGUUUAAGGGCGGGGGCGGGGCCUAUUAAACACGGGGGUUGCCGGCGAGUGGGCGGGGCUUGCUGGGAAGGGGCGUGGCCACAGCAGCGACCCCAAAAAAGGGGAAGUUUUUUUGGGGGAGAAUCACGAGUUUCGGGCGGGGCCACGGGGCCGCCCAAUCAGAGGCCGAGCCCAGGAGGGGGCGUGGCCCGGCCCCGCCCCCCGCCCCUCCCCCAGCGCCGCCAUGGCCCCCCCCCGGGGACCCUCGGCCUGGUGCUGCUGCUGCUCGGAUUGGCCGCCGCCCAGCCAGAAUGUUCCGGCUGCCUCCCGGGGCCGGGGCCAAUCGCGGCGCUCGUGGCCGCUGACGUCAUCCUGACGCUGCUGAUCGCGGGCGGAGCCUAUUGGCUGGCGGGGCGGGGCCGCCCAGCCCCGCCCAAGCCCCGCCCCCCGGAGCAGGACUCGCACUACCAGGAGCUGCAGGGCGCACGCGCGGACCUCUACAGCGAGCUCAAGCGCUGAGCGCGGCCUGCCGCGCGGCCUCCGCCCUCCUCUGCCGCCAAUAAAGCGCUUUUUGCCCUUCCGCAGCCAUUUUUGUCCGUUUUUUCGAUGAUUUCGCCCCAAAUCCGCGUUCGUUUAUUAAAAAAAAGGGGGGGGUGUCGCGCUGAGUGACGUCACUGCGCCGCGCCGGAAGUACCUCUCAGGCGGGCGGAAGUGGUU